UGUAAGUGUGUGUAUCACAAGGCGUUGUAAAUUCAAUAUAGCUUCAGGAGCUGCAACACAAAGCUCCUUUUUUUCCUUUUCUUUUCUCUUUUUCAUAUCAAGACAUGGUAACAAAGCAAAAAAUUAAAGAUCGAAUACAUCAGUCCAAAUGGACAAAACUCUAUAUUUUAGCUGCUUGCUGUCAAGGCAUUACUAUCAUUGUUCUUCAGGCAGUCAUUGCUUAUUAUAAUACUGCACAAAUUAACAAAGGACUUGAAUCAGAUUCUAUUCAAGCCUAUGGCCUGAAUGCAUCAGAACAAGACUCCAUCGUACUAGCUAUUGCAAGAUUUAAGCGUAUCAUGUGGGAAAACAUUGCAUUUAUUAGUUUUCAAAUAUGGUUUGUGGCUAUGUCUUUUGACGCUACUGUGUACCAAAAUGCGGUUGAAGUCAUUGCUCUCAUGCUUAUCAAUUUAGCCUUGUCCCUUUUUGGUGCUUUAGAAGUCAUAGAUGGCAAGAAGUGGUUAACCAUCUUGACAGAUAUCAAGACAAAUCACAAUAUACCACUGGAUACAACACCUAUCCAGACCGCUCUUUAUGUAGAAAUUGCGUUAUCAAUUUUUGUGGGAUUGUAUGCAUCAUUGUUUGCUUAUUUGUCCUAUGCCGUUGUUCGAGAAUUUGGUUGGGUUAUUUACAAGAAAAUAGGUGCAGAUCUUUCAGUUCAACGCAUGUAUCGUACAAUGCAGUUCUUUGUACUUGCUCUCAAGAUAAAUAUCUUUACAGAGUUCUUAGUAUCUGUAUUUUAUUUGAUUCAAUUUGCUCUUAAAAGUGGAUUUAGUUCAUGGACAAGUUAUGUCUUUGUUGUGAUUACUAUUCUUAUUUUGCCUUUAUUGUGUUUUGGACGUAAUGCUAUCUCAAAAGAAAGUACGGCUCAAAUGGUUCUGUUUAUCUUAUUUCAAUUCUGUGUUAUAUUCCAAUUGGUUUUGAUUGCUAUUGAAGCCACUGACAAGCGAGAUUAUUGGUAUAUUUGGUUAUGCUUCAUCAUUCUUGGCAUGUUGGUUGCAGUGUUAACCAUCGUUUUGGCCAGUUGUUGUAUGUAUAAUUUUGACAAAGGACUCAAGCCUUAUGUUCAACGAGGAACUGAAAAGAAAGAAAUGGUACAAUUACCAAAAGAAAGUAAAGAAUGGAAUAUUGAUGAAGAAUAA